AUGCCACAAACUGAACCACUUAACCCCACUAACAAACCGCAGAAAAGUCAUCCCCAACCCACACCGCACGACACCCACUUCCUCCUCCACCGAUCCAAACCCCCACCUACCCUCCACCUUCUACCGCGCCGCAGCCGGAGCAUCACCCUGCACCCUGGGCCGCUGCAGUGCCGCGUUGUCCCCGGUGCCGCCACCGUAGCACCACCCCAGGCCAGUGCUGCCCUGCCCCACCAAGCCCCGUUAACCUUCUACGAGCUCCACCUUCUGUGGGCGCCGCCACCGUGCCCCCUACUACCUCCGACCGCCAGCGCUUUCCCCGCCACCACCACCGCAUCCACCACAGUCUCCCUCCCCUGCGCCGGAUCCAGCAGUGGGCGGCCGCCUCCCACAACGACGGCUCAGUCCAGAUCGAGGUGGGGGCAGCCACGACUUGCCGCUGAUGGGCGUGACCCGCACUGUCCCCGCUCAAUCUCAUGCCUCCUCCGCGCCCCCACCAGUGCUAUUAGACAUCAGUGGUGCUCAAGUCAUAAUUGUGCUAUUCUACUGCUGGUACGUGGUUCUGGCGUUGCGGGCAAGCAGUACGGUUCCGGCCACCCGCCCCUCCCCACGCCGAUGCGCUGGACGACAACAACACAACAACACCGGAGGUGGCGCCAUGGCCAUCUCAAUCUUGUCCCUGCGCCACACCAUGGAUCUCGUUCGAUAGCGACCUCAUCGACGACCAAGUGCUGCAGCCCACUUUUUUAUUUUUGCAAUUCGCAUGUUAAAGUUUCUUUUUGCAGUGCGUGUGUGCUGCUCGGUGUGAGCUCGAAUGAAGACACAGAUCAGUCCACUCUGUUCUCUAAUGCAGAAAAGAAGGAAAAACCAAUUAUAAAAAAUACGCAAGACUCGCUCUCUUGUGUGCAGUUCGUUUAGAGUUUGAUUGAUGUCCUGUAUUGUGAGUUGUGGAGUUCGAUUGGGCUCCCAUGGUAAAGUUCAUAAAAAAUUGUCCAUUGAGAUUGGUAGUGCAGUGUAUAGUAUAGAGGAGUUUACUUUGUAAAAACUUCUACAAAGCAUGAUGUAGUUUCUUUGUUAAAAACCCCUUGGUGGCUACGACAAAAAACAUGCAGUUUGUUCCGAAUU